AUGCGUCGGAUUAGGACGGACGGCGCUCUGGUCCGAUGCCGGAGCUCCGUUGGCCUUAACUCCGCCCUGAACCUGGUGCUGUCUCUGAUGAUCCUGUCGACAUAUCCACUGUGCUCGGAGUCGGCUGCACUCGCUCCUCCAAAGAUCACCAAGAUUCCUACGGAUCAGAUCGGCGUGUCGGGAGGGGUGGCAUCGUUCGUGUGCCAGGCCAGCGGGAAUCCCAAACCGGUCGUCUACUGGAACAAGAAGGGCAAGAAGGUCAACUCCCAGCGCAUCGAGACCAUAGAGUUUGACGAGGGAGCAGGCGCUGUGCUGAGGAUACAGCCGCUACGAGCCCCGAGAGACGAGAACAUCUACGAAUGUGUGGCACGCAACAACCAGGGAGAGGUGUCUGUCACUGCCAAGCUGGCCAUUAUCAGAGAGGACCUGCUGCCCUUUGGCUUCCCGAGCAUCGACAUGGGUCCACAGCUGAAGGUGGUGGAGCGUACACGGACAGCCACCAUGCUGUGUGCUGCCAGCGGCAUCCCGGACCCCGAGAUCUCCUGGUUCAAGGACUUCCUCCCAGUGGAGCCCGGCACCAGCCAGGGCCGCAUCAAGCAGCUGCGAUCAGGAGCCCUCCAGAUUGAGAACAGCGAGGAGACGGACCAAGGGAAGUACGAGUGCGUGGCCACAAACUCACAGGGCGUUCGCUACUCUUCCCCUGCCAACCUUUACGUGCGAGAGCUUCGAGAAGGAGCAACAGACACAUUGCGCCGUGUGCCCCCUCGCUUCUCCAUCCUCCCCUCCAACCACGAGAUCAUGCCGCACGGGAGCGUCAACAUCACCUGCGUGGCGGUGGGCUCGCCGAUGCCUUACGUAAAGUGGAUGCUGGGCAGCGAGGACCUGACCACAGAAGACGAGAUGCCCAUCGGGAGGAACGUGCUCGAGCUGAACGGAGUCAGGGAGUCGGCCAACUACACCUGUGUCGCCAUGAGCAGCCUGGGCAUCAUCGAGGCCACCGCCCAGGUCCUGGUCAAAUCCCUGCCCAACGCCCCUGGCACUCUGCAAGUGACAGAGACCACAGCCACCAGUGUAACCAUCACCUGGGACUCUGGGAACCCAGACCCAGUCUCUCAUUACAUCAUCCAGUACAAAGCCAAAGGACCAGACAACAAGUACGAGACCGUGGAGAGCAUCACCACCACGCGCUACAGCAUCGGAGGCCUCUACCCCAACACUGAGUACGAGAUCCGUGUGUCUGCAGUCAACAGUAUAGGUCAGGGGCCCCCCUCCACCCAAGUGCACGCUCGCACUGGGGAACAGGCCCCAGCCAGCCCCCCACGCAACGUCCAGGCUCACAUCGUAUCUGACAACACUGUGCUGGUGCGCUGGGAGGAGCCAGAGGAGCCCAAUGGACAGGUGAAAGGGUAUCGUGUCUACUACACCAUGGACCCCUCCCGCCCCAUGAAUGAAUGGCAGAUCCACAACGUCCAGGACAGCCUCAUCACCACCGUUCAGAACCUGGUGGCCACCGAGACGUACACGAUCCAAGUCCUGGCCUUCACCUCAGUGGGAGAUGGGCCCGCCUCUGACCCAGUCCACGUCAAAGUCACACCAGGAGUACCAGGGCAACCAGGGAAAUUCCGAGUGGGUAAAGUGACGGACACGAACAUAGAGCUGAUAUGGGUGCCAGCGAUCACAAAGGAGAGCAUAGUCAACUACGAACUCCUUUACGGACCUGUAAAGUUGGGUAGAUUGGAGAAACUGACCUUCGGGCCCAGGAGUUCGUACACAGUGGUCGGCCUCCAGGCAGACACCGAAUACACCUUUUCCCUGGCUGCCACGUCCAACAAAGGCCUGGGCGCCUUCACCAAUGAACUGGUGCAGAGGACGUCACAAGCCAAGCCCUCUGCCCCACCUGAGGGGGUGUCCUGUGAGAGUGUCAGCUCCACCGCACUCAGAGUAAGUUGGAGGCCUCCUCCUGUGGAGGAGCAGCAUGGACAGUUAGCCGGUUAUGAGCUGAGCUAUCAGAAAGUCUCUGGAGCCGAAGGUGGCGGUCAGGCCCAGUUCAUGGAGCUGGCAGUCCCUCCUCAGCAAAGGCACACAGUGGUAGAAGGGCUGGACAAAUGGAGCUGGUAUAACGUAACAAUGGCCGCCUCGACGGCGCGCGGGACCGGCCCUCAAAGCCAAGCUGUACUGUGCAGAACUGAUGCAGACGUUCCAGGAGCAGCACCUCGUCAGGUGGAUGUUCAGCCUCUCAACUCUUCAGCCCUGCGUGUCACCUGGCGCCCUGUGUCACCGCGGCUCCGCCAAGGCCAGAUCCGGGGUUACCAGGUGCACUACAGCAACACUGGAGGCAGUGAUUCUCGAAAUCUGCCCCGGAUCAAAGACCUUCUAUUGGACGAGUCCCAGAUGGAGGAGACUGACUCCACUCACUAUGAGAUGGUUUUGGGUGGGCUGAAAGCAGAGACUGUGUACUCUGUCUCAGUUGCUGCAUACACCACCAAAGGGGAUGGUGCGCACAGUAAAGCUAGGAUGGUGCAGACCACAGGAAUCGUUCCUGGUCAUCCAUCUUUCCGGGUACGCCUUGGAGGGGGUACGUCAGUGGUUAUUCAGUGGACUCCUCCAGCGGUUACUUCUGAGACUGACAAAAAGGGACGGCCUGUAGAAAUCCUGGGAUACCGACUGCAGUUUGGCCAGAAGAACAGCUCCCUGAACAGUUCUGUCGAUUUUUCUCCCCAAGAGAGGAACUACUCCCUCAGUAACCUCUCCCCGGGAACUUCGUAUGUGUUUGUCCUCUCUGCUAAGAGUAAGGCAGGCUUUGGAGCUGUGUCACAGCAGGAAAUAACCCUUCCAAUGUGCCCACCCUCGGGACCCCCCGAAAUAUCUGACUUUGUUAAUGCCACUUGCUGUUCGCUGCACAUCUCCUGGCAGCCUCCUGUCUCAGAAGACUGUAAUGGUGCUAUCACUGAGUACACCAUUGCUUAUAAAAAGGCAGUGAGCCAGAAACCCCCUGUUAUCCCUGAUGCCUCUUCAGGACCAGCCCCCUCUGCUCCUCCAUGGCAUGUCACACUCUCGUCCACGCUGUCCAGCUACAUCAUAGUUGGCCUCAAUCACAGCACAGCCUACGAGGUGCAGCUCAGAGCCCACAACAAGGCAGGUCCAGGGCCAUUUAGCUCACCUCGGCUGUGCCAGACACUGGCCUUUGAAACAGAUGUUCCAAGGAAUUUCUCUGUCAACUUGGCCACAAAGACUAGUGUGCUUUUGAUUUGGGAGUUUCCAGAGAGCAGUAACUCCUAUCGCUUCACAGUGGAGUAUAAUCAGAGGAAGAUGGAGGUGGACGCGCGCCUCAGAAAAGCUAUGAUCCCAGACCUGCAGCCCGACACCAGCUACGACUUCAUGAUCACUGCUCCAGAAGGAAACAUGGGAGGUCUCCGUCACCGCAUCACCGCAAAAACCUCUCCACCAAUCACCAUUCGGCGCCCCGAGAUCGACCACACCCGCGACACAGAAGCCACAGUCACCAUCAUACUGCCAUCACUGGAAACAAGGACGCCAGUAAAAAACGUUUAUGUGGUGGUGGUCCCAUUAAGAAGAGCCCGUGGCGUCAUCAGACACCUCAAGAGCCCAGACGAAAUGGACCUUGAGGAGCUAUUGAAGGAUAUCAGUCAAAAGCAGAGAGAUUCCAGGCAGCAGAAGACGGUGGACCUGCGGCGGGCGUACAUAACAGCCCGAUUCACACCUGCCACUCUGCCGGCCUUCUUCACCCUGGGGGACCAGCUGGACUACGGCGGCUUCGAGAACCGUGCGCUCGAGCCCGGCCAGGAAUACGUCUUCUUCAUUUUGGCUGAACUCAACUCUACAACUGGGAAAAUGUACGUGGCCAGCCCUUACACAGACCCAGUCAUCGCUCCGGACUCGGACCCCCAGCCCCUGGAUGCGGGCGACGGGCUGAUCUGGGUGGUGGGACCUGUCUUAGCCGUGGUCUUCAUCAUUUGCAUUGUGAUUGCGAUCCUUCUGUACAAAAACCAACCUGACAGCAAGCGAAAAGACUCUGAACCAGGAACUAAAAGUCUCCUGAGCAACGCAGAGAUGAUGGCGCACCACCCCACAGACCCCGUGGAGAUGAGGCGCAUUAACUUUCAGACUCCUGGAAUGAUGAGCCAUCCUCCGAUCCCCGUCACCGAGCUGGCCGAGCACAUAGAGCUGCUGAAGGCCAAUGACAACCUGAGACUCUCGCAGGAGUACGAGUCCAUCGAUCCGGGACAGCAGUUCACCUGGGAGCACUCCAACCUGGAGGUCAACAAGCCCAAGAACCGCUACGCCAACGUCAUCGCCUACGACCACACCCGAGUGGUCCUGGCGCACAUCGACGGUAUCUUGGGCAGCGACUAUAUCAAUGCCAACUACAUCGACGGCUACAGGAAGCAGAACGCCUACAUCGCCACACAGGGGCCGCUCGCCGAAACCUUUGGAGAUUUCUGGAGGAUGGUGUGGGAGCAAAGAGCGGCCUCUGUGGUGAUGAUGACACGUUUGGAGGAGAAGUCCAGGAUAAAGUGUGAUCAAUACUGGCCGAGUCGAGGCACAGAGACCUACGGCAUGAUCCAAGUCACUUUGCUGGACACAAUGGAGCUUGCCACGUUCUGUAUUCGCACGUUUUCUCUGCACAAGAAUGGCAGUAGUGAACGACGAGAAGUGCGUCAGUUCCAGUUCACCGCCUGGCCCGACCAUGGCGUCCCAGAAUACCCCACGCCUUUCCUCAACUUCCUCCGUAGAGUUAAAUCCUGUAACCCUCCUGAUGCCGGACCCAUUGUUGCUCACUGCAGCGCCGGUGUCGGUCGGACCGGAUGCUUCAUUGUCAUCGACGCCAUGUUGGAGCGCAUUCGGCACGAGCGCACGGUGGACAUCUACGGUCAUGUGACUCUGAUGAGGUCACAGAGGAACUACAUGGUGCAGACAGAGGACCAGUACAGCUUCAUCCACGAGGCCCUGCUGGAGGCAGUGGCCUGUGGCAACACGGAGGUAGCAGCCAGGAGCCUGUACUCCUACAUGCAGAAGCUUUCCAAAGUGGAGAGCGGCGAGCACGUCACCGGCAUGGAGCUCGAGUUCAAGCGUCUGGCGAACACCAAAGCCCACACAUCUCGUUUUGUCACAGCCAACCUGCCUUGCAACAAAUUCAAGAACCGGCUAGUCAACAUCAUGCCCUACGAGACCACCCGAGUCUGUCUGCAGCCAAUCAGGGGCCUGGAGGGAUCGGACUAUGUCAACGCCAGUUAUAUAGAUGGAUACAGGCAACAAAGAGGUUACAUCGCCACGCAAGGUCCACUGGCUGAGACCACAGAGGACUUCUGGAGGAUGCUGUGGGAACACAACUCCACAAUAGUGGUCAUGCUCACUAAGCUGAGGGAGAUGGGACGAGAGAAGUGUCACCAGUACUGGCCUGCAGAGCGCUCAGCCCGUUACCAGUACUUUGUGGUGGAUCCCAUGGCGGAGUACAACAUGCCUCAGUACAUCUUGCGGGAGUUCAAAGUUACAGAUGCAAGAGACGGCCAAUCUCGCACAGUACGACAAUUCCAGUUCACCGAUUGGCCAGAGCAAGGUGUACCUAAGUCUGGAGAAGGCUUCAUAGAUUUCAUUGGCCAGGUGCAUAAAACAAAGGAGCAGUUUGGGCAGGACGGACCCAUCACUGUCCAUUGCAGCGCUGGCGUAGGGCGGACAGGCGUCUUCAUCACUCUGAGUAUUGUUCUGGAGAGGAUGCGCUAUGAAGGGGCCGUGGACAUCUUUCAGACUGUCAAAAUGCUGCGCACUCAGAGACCAGCGAUGGUGCAGACAGAGGAUGAAUACCAAUUCUGCUACCAGGCCGCCCUGGAGUACCUGGGUAGCUUUGACCACUAUGCAACACACGUGACCCCAACAGACACCUGUCACCUGUGUAUGGUCCCGUGCCAAUCAGGCGUGCGCGUGUCUGUGCGCGUGCACUCAGCCGCACUCAUGAUUGGUCAGAUGGAGUCAGGCCGCGCCCCUCCCUUCAGUCUCUCAGCGCGUGGAUAUGUUGAUCUUCAGAUGAGUCAUAAUCACUUUUAA